AUGGAGAAAAAAAAUGAAGAUAAUGUUAAUGUUAAUGCUAAUUUAGAAAGUGAUUCGGAGGAUGAUAAAGAUAAUACUGAUGAAAGGUCUAUAAAAUUAGUUCUUAUUGGAGAUGGAUGUAGUGGUAAAACAUCCAUUUGUAAUCAAUUAUGUAAAAAAAAAUUUUCAAAAAAAUAUACACAGACAUACGGUGUUGAUUUUUAUUCUAAAAAAAUAACAUUACCUAAUAAUAUUGAAGUAUUAUUACAAAUAUGGGAUAUUGGUGGGCAAAGUGUAGCAUCUCCAUUGUUAGAAAAAUAUUUGUACGGCGUUCAAGGAGUUUUACUUAUUUAUGAUGUCACAAAUAGUACCAGUUUCGCAAAUUUACAAGACUGGAUUACUGUGACAAAAAAAAUUACAAAAAAUUAUGAAAAGCAUGUUCAUAUGUCUUUAGUUGGAAAUAAAACUGAUCUCGAACAUCGUAGAGCUGUUCGAGUUGAAAAACAUACAAAAUUAGCUGAACAAUAUGGAAUGUCAUCUCAUUAUGUAUCUGCAAAAACUGGAGAUAGUGUAGCUUUAGCAUUUCGUCAAACAGCUGCAGAUAUUUUUGGUAUUCAAUUAUCAAAAAUAGAUAUGGAAAGUGAUAUUACAAUUGUUCAGGCACCAGUUGCUGUACCAACUGAAAAAGAGUUAAAAGAAGUUGCAGCAAAAAAUGCAUUAGCAAAUCAAAAUAAUUCUGCAGCAUGUCGUAUUCAAUAA